AUGACUGGUGUUUGCACAGCAGAUACGUACAAUCUAAAGUUACUGCCCUCGGUGGUGCGCCAGUCCGAUCGCUACUCCCUGGUAGAUAUUCACAGUGACUGCCGCAACCAUGUCAUGCAUGUUCGUGAAGCACUGCCCAGGGGCUUGGCCCGCAACAUCUUUGUCUUCAAAUUCGGUGCUGCCGUUCUAUGGGACUUGCCGGACAUUGAUACCACUGCUGAUGUGUUAGCACUGACCAAUGAUCUACUGAGGCCUAUAGAGCGAGGCUCUAGUUAUCACGAGUCAGACAUCGCUGAAGACGUGGAGCAGAUGGACUACAUUGUGUCGGCGGCGUCAAAUAAAACGUUUGUUCGUGGAGAAUCAUUGGUGCUGGGUGUCGGCAUGAAACAGAUUCCAGGCGCCGACACCGGCGAGUGGGUGGACGACCAGGUGGCGGUGUCGCAUGCGCUAGCAAAGUCGGUCAGGCUCUCGACGGUGGAAGGGCAGUUGCAGAGCUACGUGCACGAGUGCCAGGAGUUGCUCAUGAAGCCCAAGAGACCGUCGAACAAACGAGAAGCGUGGCUGCGCAUUCUCGAUGUGACGAGCCUGGACACGAAGGCCAAUCAUCCGCCGGUCAACAUGGAUGAUUUCUAUUGGGAACGGAGGGAGCAGGACGACCUCCACGGCCACGUGCUGGGUGUGUUCGACUACAACAGACGCAUAGCCGAAUUCAAUCAGCAGCUGGCAUGCUCUGUCCUGGUGCCACUGCCAGUACCAGUACCGACCCGAACUGCCGAAGUCUACAAAGAUUGGGACACUGGUGAUCUUGAUUCCAAGCUGCAAGGACAGCCGUACGAUCCUGCGUAG